UUAUGCUCUAUAGAUUAAAAGUUUUUGAAAUAUGCGGUGUACGGACCACGGUCUAUGCAAUAAUUAUGGUCUCUUCUUUGGAACGCAAAAGACGCGAGAAGCAGCGUUCGACACAAUCCAACCAAAUCCCGUUUCCGGUAACGGCUUCCGUUUCCCUCUCGUGCGUUCUCGCCUUCUCAGCGACGAUCUCGCGGAUCGUUCCGGAAUCUUCGCGACGGUUCUUCCGGGUUCUAAGGAUCGAUCGAAACCCUUCCACUUUUCCCCUCUUUCAAUCUCGACGAUGGGAUCGCGCGGCAUCUGAUGGGGCGAAGGGGGGCCCCCGCGGCGUCGUCGUCGUCGUCGUCGUCGGCGGCGGCGGCGGCGGUGCAGGCGAGGAGGAGGCAACCGGUGAUACUGAAGGAGGCGGCGGUGGCGGGGCCGCGGCCGAGCGCGCGGCGGCGGAUCGGGGAGGCGGCGGGGGGGACGGCGGCGGGGUGCGCGGCGGUGUGCUGCUGCUGCCCCUGCGCGGUGGUCGACCUCGUCGUCACCGCCGUGGUGAGGCUCCCCGCGGGGCUCUGCCGCCGCGCGAUGAGGGCGAGGGCGGCGCGGCGGAGGAGGGCCAGAGCGCCGGGGCUCCUCGCCGCCGCCCCCGAACGCAGAGGCGGAGGCGACGCGGCCGCGGCGGCGGAGAAGGACGGGGUCGAGUUCUAUCUCCACCUCCACCAAGCGGAGGCGGCGACGGGGGCGGAGGAGGAGGCGUCCGAAACCGAGAAGGAGAUGUGGAAGAGAUUCUACGGCGCCGGGUUCUGGCGGAGCCCGUCGCAGGUGGAGGACGAACGGUAACGGUUUCGUUUCGGAUUUUUUUUUCUUUUUUUUUUUUUUCCUUGAGGUUUUUGCUCCUCACAAAAAAAAAAAAAUCUUUCUAUUCUAAAUGGAAAUUAAUGUUGUCAAAAAACAUAGAUUUUAAUAUUAUCAAAAUAGUUAUAUUUCUCUGUUUUGAUAAUAGUAAAAUUUAUUUUGGCAAAAUAUCUUAUCAAUUCUCAUCUCCAUAAUUGUAUAUUUUAUCUUAUUAUUCGUCAUUUCGAUUGUGUGUAUAGAAAUUUUUAUUACAUCUGAGUGAAUAAUCGUGUGAUCUAAAGGUGUCUAUGUACGAGAUACACAAGCUCUAAAUCAUCGUAUGGAUAAUAAAGUUAAGAGAAAUGCAACAGAUUGCAAAAAAAU